AUGACUAUUCCAACAUACAACUAUUUUGAUGGCCGUUCCCGUGGUGAGGUCUCCAGACUCUUGUUCGCUUAUGGCGGUACCAAGUAUGUUGACACUCGUGACCCAUUCCCAAUGCAGGAUGCUUUGAGAGAGAAGACUCCAUUUGGCCAAGUACCAUACUAUGUUGAUGAUGAGGUGCAGAUUGCUCAAUCAGUUGCCAUCGAGUUCUACCUUGCUGACAAACUCGGACUUGCCGGCUCGACCACCGCCGAACGUGCACAGAUCCUACAAUACACACUGCUGCCAAACGAUUUGUACGGACCAUACUUCCAGGCAUUCGGACCACAGAACCAGGAGGCUCUGAAGAAGUUCGCCACUGAGACUGCCCCACGUCUGUUCACCAAGCUCGAGGCACUCCUUGUCAAGGCAGGCGGCAAGCACUUGGUCAACAACAAGUUGUCAUGGGCUGAUAUCAGCAUCUUCAACUUGCUCGACUUCUUCCACCAACAACCAGGUAACCUUGUUGAAGCACUCAAUGGAUUCCCAGUCCUAUUAGCCUUCCACAAGCAAAUCGGAUCCAUUCCACAGUUUGUUGAGUACUUGAACAACCGUCCAAAGACUAUGUUCUAA